GAACGAUCAGACUCUCAUCAACUAGACUACAACUUCUGGAACACACCCAGAGAUCAGAAGAUGUGGAGACGAGCAGUUUCAGUCUCUCAUUUCACGUUUGCCCAUAAGUCCAUUGCCCACAAUAAGAGGCUACAACUGUUCUAACUCGUAUUCAGUUUCUUCCGGGAGCAACUUAUUUCAUUGACGUAUUUGGAUUUUUAUUAGAAGAAUAAUCCUUCCUCUCUUCGCUGAAAAUGAGUACCUUACGCAACUUCUUUGGACUUGGAAGCGUUUGAAAUCAUUCGCUUUCCAUCUUAGCGAACUGGGAAGUCUUUCCUGUAAUCUUGGUAGCUUUUGGUUAGUUUGGAUUUCAUGUUAUCUCACUCUUUCGCAACAUCGAUUUCCUUGGCGAAAAGAACCUCUUGCAAUUGAGAACCGGAAAGAGACAAGCUUAUCUUUUCUUGAUAAUGAUGUUUGUAAACUCAAGUUUUGGGAAACGUUUACUACUGAAACACCCAUGAAGGAAAAGGGUACCUUUCAAAGAGAUAAAACACCAUUCAUAACUUUUGUUUUAGGUGGGCCUGGAAGUGGUAAAGGUACACAAUGUAUGAAGAUAGUUGAGAACUUUGGAUUUACACAUUUGAGUGCUGGCGAUCUAUUAAGGAGGGAGAUAGCUUCCAAUAGUGCAGAUGGUACCAUGAUUCUCAACACAAUUAAGGAAGGAAAAAUAGUUCCUUCAGAAUUGACAGUCAGACUUAUUCAAAAGGAAAUGGAAUCCAGUGACAAUUACAAGUUUCUUAUUGAUGGGUUUCCACGCAGUGAGGAAAACCGGAUAGCAUUCGAACAAAUUAUGGGGGUAGAACCAGACGUUGUACUCUUUUUUGACUGUCCAGAAGAUGAGAUGGUGAAGCGAGUGCUCAAUCGUAAUCAGGGAAGAGUUGAUGACAACAUUGUCACAAUCAAGAAAAGGCUGAAAGUUUUUGAUGCAUUAAAUCUUCCUGUAGUCAAAUAUUAUAUGGAGAAGGGAAAGCUUUAUAAGAUAAGGGCAGUUGGAUCAGUGGAUGAAAUAUACAAACAAGUUUAUCCAGUUUUUGCAUCAUUGAAUUUUGAGCAGCAGGUAAGAGAAUGAGAUGUGUUGAUUCUAAUCGCCUUAUGUCAUGGAUAACAUGGGGAUCUUUUGUGCUUGAAGUUACUCUUCAUAUCAGUUGAAGAUCCUUUUGAGUUCAUUUCCCUGAUUACUGACUUUCUCAAGAAUGUAAUAGAACUGAACAAAUCAAGUACAUUGUACAUGUACUAAGGAAAAACAAAGAAAAUCCUGUUGGCUAACAUUUUUUUGAUAUCAGCUGGUGGCAAUGGGGAAUAUCUACAGGCAGAAUUAAUAAAUAUGCUUAGGAAUGAACACAUCGUUAAAAUGUUGAUAUUAAUGGUGUUUUUUUGGCAAAAAUAUAGGCUAAAAGUUAAAAGGA